AUGGCAGCGACAGCAGCAACAACGCAGCCGAAGACGGCCUUGAAGAUCGUCUUCGGGGCCAUGACUCUAGGCCGAGAGGGUGUCGAGCAGACGCGCGUGCACAGCUUGCAGGGCGCCGCCGCCAUCCUGGACACGUUCCAGAAGCACGGGUACAACGAGGUCGACACGGCGCGGGUGUACGGCGACGGCAGUUCGGAAGAGUACCUCGGCCAGCUAGACCUGGCAAAACGCGGCAUCGUGCUGGCCACCAAACUGGCGCCGGGCACGAUCGCCAGCAUGGCGCACGCGUACACGCACCGGCCAGCCGAGCUGCGGGCGGCGCUGCUGGACAGCCUCCGGGCGCUGCAGACGGACCGGGUCGACAUGUGGUAUCUGCACAUGCCUGAUCACAGCGUGCCAUACGAGGACACGCUGCGUGAGGUGGACAGUCUGCACCGGCAGGGUUACUUCCGCCGCUUUGGGCUCAGCAACUACGCCGCCUGGGAGGUUGCUCAGAUCGCCGAGACGGCCAUCCGCCACGGCUGGAAGCGUCCGGACGUCUACCAGGGCGUCUACAACGGCCCGCACCGUGCUGUCGAGCCCGAACUGCUGCCGGCUCUGCGCCACUACGGCAUCGCCUUUUAUCUGUACAAUCCGCUGGCCGGUGGCCUGCUGACGGACCGCUACCGGCGUGAGCAGCCUGGCAGCAGCAGCGACGCCGCCAUCGAUCCCGGCAGCCGCUUCGACCCGACCAAAAAUCAGGGCGCCAGCUACCGUGAUCGCUACUGGAAUGACGCUUACUUUGACGCCCUGGAUGUCGUCCGCCCCGUGGCCGCCCGUCUUGGCAUUCCCACCGCCGAGGCCGCUCUGCGCUGGGCCAGCCACCACAGCCUGCUGGCCCGCGAACACGGCGACGCCAUCAUCAUCGGCGCCAGCAGCCAGGCCCAGCUGGAGCAGAAUCUCACCGCGCUGGAACAGGGCCCGCUACCCGUCGAGCUGGUCGAGGCUUUUGACAAGGCCUGGCUGCUGGUCAAGGCCGUCGCCCGGCCCUACUUCCGUUGA